AUGGCUCAUUGCCGCACAAACCUCACACUAUCCACACACUGUGAACAAGGAGAGAAGAAAGAGGCUCUUGGCCGUGCUGAUGCUGUGUUUCGGGUUUUGCAUGCCCAGAAACUGUCGAUUGGUGAAUUCCUCAUGAUAUUAGUAAACCAAAACUUCCCAUUUGACAGCACAACUGCCUAUGAGAUUCGAUGGUUUCUUAGCGGGCGCACACUCAAGAACAGGCCCAUUGAUUUUGUUCAUGCUCUGACCGAGCAUCCUUGGUCUUGGAAUGGACAAUGGGACAAUCCAACACAUUUCGUACCUCCAUCUUGCAUCCCAAUCAAGCUUAAUCCACACACUCUGGACACGCAAGAAACUGAUGACAGCAGUGCAUCUGGCCCACUGAAUAUCAUCGAGAUCCCAGCUAAGCCCCUUGCUACUAGUUCAUACGAAGUGCUAGAGAGAUACUUUGUCCAGAAGGUUUCCAACCCCAGUAACCUGGACACUGCUAACGAGCACAGCAGUUGGGGAGAAUCGAUCAGAGGAGCUCAGGGAAGUGGCAGCAAGGACAAAAGCAAGUGGGAAGGGGUCAAAUCACAUUCACGACCCAUAUCUCUCUCUAUCCUAAACCGCAUUGGUCUUGUUGUUGCCCAUACUACCAUGCACAACUGGCUCCACAGCGCUGCUGAAAGUGCAGCCGAAAAUCUCAAAGUCAUAGGCUGCAAGCUUGUCCAGAAUGAACUCUCAAUCCACUUGGUUUAUGACAAUAUCAAUCAGUAUCACCGGUGUUGGCAUCCCUCACUUGAAUCACAGACAUCCCUUGAGAGUGGAACUGCAGCGACAUUGAUUAUACAACGCGAUGUUGAGGAUGGUGCAUUUGAUGGACUGGAUUAUGAACACCGAUGGGAUUCAGUCACCCGAGAACAAAUCACAUAUUCAAAAAUAUGGGACAACAUACAGUGGGAUCACAUUGCUAUCAUAAGCAUAAUCAACAUCCUUCGUAUCAUCCUUGACUAUGUGCCAAAUCUUCGACACCAUCGUGGAGCCCUUGAACACCUAUACCAACACCAUUAUUCGAAGCAACCAACAAGCGCAUUUGAUGAGGCCCAGAAUAUUGGGAACCGAGAAGUGGUGAAGGAUUUGUUGGUGCAGCAAUUGGGCAUCAAGCCAGAGGAGUUGAAUGGUCAGAUGAUAUCAAUUUCUGGUGAUUAUUCAACUGCCACUAAACUCUGUUUGGUGAAACGCCACACUGCACGAGGGCGCACUUGGUUCUCCUCCCACAAGUUUGUGCUCGGGAUCCUUUGGAAUCACUGGGCCACAAGUACGGCUAAAGGGGAUACUGGCUUGUGCAUCAGUGCCGAGAAACUCAGAUGGAAACUCAACAGCAGUGACCCUGAAUUUUAUCCAGCAGAGUGGCUUGUUGAGACAGUUCUAACUGCCAUGACUUUGCAUUAUGCUAGGAUUUUUAUCCGUCAGAAGGACUCCUCACUCCCACUUUCCCAACUCAGCUGCACCCCCCAUCUCACUGAAGAGUUACAGCUCUACUCAGAGAAGAGCUACUUCCUCCAGACUUGCUCUUUUGAUGAACUACUUGAGCUCGCAUGCAACAUAUACACAACUUUUGCCACAUCCCAGUCAGCACACAUGGCCCUCUACUACAAUACUGCUGAGGCGACCAAGUACUUCCAUCAGUUGCUUGACCCAGCCAAAGACUCAUUAUUCCCUUCACCCCAACCACUUUCUUUGAGUGCGUGGGUGCGCGAAAGCCGGAAGUACAACUCCGAAACCGACUCUGACUCCGAGAAUGACAAUGACAACGAUGCUUGGCCACCUGAGACACCCAACUCCGGUUCUGUGGGCGACAUUCUUUUAUUCAACAACAUACUGCUCUACCAUGACAUGCUCCUGUACUGGGAGUUCUGGACUAGCAUCAAGGAUGGGGAUGUUGGACACACAUUUGAAAUCAUCAAGUGGCUACGGAUCUGGUUUUUUGGGGUUGGAGCGACAAACUACGGUCAAGAGCUGUUACAUCAAGCACUUGACUUGUGA